GCCCAAAAGAAUUCUAGUCUUUAAUCAGUAGUCUUCUUUAAUAGUCAGGUGAAAUUUCUUGCAAGAGACUCAAAAUCUUUCAUGUAGUGGUUCAAAUUUGAGAAUUUAAAUCAUAUUCAACUUUAAAUCCGAAUAAACAAUUAAAGUGCAACUUAACAGGACUUUCAAAGAUGGCAAAUAAAUCGACUUUAUUCCUGUCUGCUACAUCAGUAUUACUUAUUGUUUACGUUUCUUUAUUUAGCGUACUUCAACAUUCAGGUAAACUAAGAGACUCAAGCUUAAAGACUCAAGAGACGAGAUAUUUUGAUUCAAUAGAAGAUGAUAGAGAAUCAGUUAAAACAGAAACUUCAUUUAAUGAAAGAAUGAAUGAAUUAGAAGCAGUGAAUUAUGAACAGUCAGUCCCGCGUAGUAGAGUUAAGAGAAAUUCUGCAGAAGAAAAAGAAGACGAACUUCAAGAAUUACCAAUAAUUCAUGUAAUAACUCCAACAUACAAACGAAUGAAUCAGAUACCGGAAAUGACAAGAGUCGCAAACACUUUGAAGAAUGUUAAGGCCUUACAUUGGAUGGUUGUGGAAGAAGGAAACAAGACUCUACCUGAAGUCAACCAACUUCUUAUGAAAUCAGGAAUUGAUUUUACCUAUUUGUCUGCAAGACCAUAUAAAAAUUUAAACACAAGUCUAAAAGGGAUCCACCAAAGGAAUAAAGCAAUAUUUUGGUUACGAAAGAAUGUUGAUUUGUCAAAAGAUGGCGUGGUAUAUUUUGCUGAUGAUGACAAUACGUAUGAUUUGGAACUCUUUGAUGAGAUGAGAUACACCAAGAAAGUAUCAGUAUGGCCAGUGGGAUUUGUAUCCAGAAGACAAUACCAAACACCAAUUCUUAAAAAUGGAAAGGUGGUAAAAUUUAAUGCAUGGAAUACUGAAAACAGAAAAUUUCCAAUAGAUAUGGCAGGAUUCGCAUUGAAUACUUAAAUGUUUUAUUUUAACCCACAAUUAUAUUUUUGGAAAACAUUUCGUGUUGGUUACCAGGAGACAAUGUUUUUGGAAAUAUGCUGCUUACUGCGUGAUUUAGAACCAAAGGGAAAUGGAUGUACGAAGGUACUUGUAUGGCACACGAAAGCCAGAGACCCAGUUAUUGAACACUCAAGUUACAACAUUACAAUACAGGCAUCGAGAAACCAUCAAUAUGAAAUGGAAAAGGAAAACGAAAGAGUGCCUUCCAUAAGAAAACCUGAGAAGAAAUCGCGUAGUUGAUAACAAAGGACAGUCAAGUCAUUUGAUGCAUGUUAAAAAUAAAGAUGGAGGGAGAGUGCGGGCGAGCAGGCGAGAGAGAGAAAAAUCACAUAAUUAUUCGCGCAAUGUUGUAAAUGAUUAUCAAUAUUCCGGUACAAUAAAAUUAAAAAAAAGUCUGAAAAAAAUACUCUUAUAUCAGAUUUAUUUCAAACAGACUGCUACUUUACUUUGAUUCUUUACAUAUAUAUCCUGUAUUGCAAAAUUACACCCAUAAGGGUCAAGCAAUCCAAUCAAAUAAUUUAACAUGAUUAUUUUGAAGAAAAAGAUGCCAGUGAUAUAGUUGCUUUUUAUAUUUACCCCUGUUCGCUAUGUUUACGAUUAUAUACUAAAUAUUCUUGUAAAUUGUGUUCUUUAAUUUGAGAAUGAAUAAUAAUGGAAUAUUCAUUUGUUGCAAUAUCAAAAUAUGCCGAUUAUAAGAUACACAGUUGUCUCUGCUUUCAAAAUAAAUC